CGGAAGUUGCUUGCUCAUCAUACAUUUUCAAAGAUGGCUCUUGCUAGUGUGUUGAACAGUGAUUGUGCGGAUUUUUCGUUUGAUAGUUACCAGCCCUUUGCUUUUGGUUGCGAGCCCGGACACAGCGGUCUGGGACACGAGCCCACACCGGGGGACAACCUCAGUUUUUCCGUUAAAAACCCGCUGUGCGCCGUAGACGAGGACGGCGUCGAGAGGAAAAUAGAGUUUCUGCAUGGCACCACCACCUUAGCAUUUAAAUUCCAGCAUGGAGUUAUUGUUGCAGUGGACUCUCGGGCCACAGCGGGCUCUUACAUCGCCUCACAGACGGUCAAGAAGGUGAUCGAGAUCAACCCCUACCUGCUGGGUACCAUGGCUGGAGGAGCCGCAGACUGUAGCUUCUGGGAGCGCCUGCUGGCUCGCCAGUGCCGCAUCUAUGAGCUACGCAACAAGGAGCGUAUCUCGGUGGCAGCAGCCUCCAAGCUGCUGGCCAACAUGGUGUAUCAAUACAAGGGCAUGGGACUCAGCAUGGGAACCAUGGUGUGUGGCUGGGACAAGAGAGGCCCAGGAUUGUACUAUGUCGACUCAGAAGGGAACCGGGUGUGCGGCGACUUGUUCGCGGUGGGUUCGGGCUCCAUGUACGCCUACGGUGUGAUGGACAGUGGCCUGCGGCACGACCUGACCGUGGAGGAGGCCUGCGAGCUGGGCCGCCGCGCCAUCUACCAGGCCACGUACCGCGACGCCUACAGCGGAGGGCAGGUCAACCUGUACCACGUCCACAGCGAGGGCUGGACCAGGGUCUCCCAGGAAGACGUGCUCAUGCUGCACCAACAGUACAAAGAGCAGGCAUAGUUGGGGAAAUUCAAAAAAGAGGUCUGAGGGUGGGGUGUAGCUGGUAAGGGUAGGAGUUUAUUCUAGUAUCCAAUGUUUAAGUUGUUCUAAAAUGUCAGUCGAGUUGACCUAUAAUAAAAAGGACUUAUCUGCCAAUUGACUUCCACUUGCAUCACUUCUGUAACUUGUUCCAAGCGUAAAGCUUUAUAUUCAACAUUUUUAACAAUGUUGGCCAGCUCCGCUCGCCCUGCACGGUGUAUGAUUUGAGGGCCUGCAGAGAGGAGGUGCAGAUGACUCAAUCAUGCUUUUAAUACAGUGUGGGAGUAGUGUGUUGCUUGGCCUACAUACACUACAUUUCAUUUGGAUCACCCUGGAAAACUACUUAUUCUUUCUCAAUAAAACCUGUGAUGUUCUUUUUUU